UUUUCAUGUUGCAGGACAUAUUUGAACUUUUUCUCAAAACAAAAUAUAAAUACUAUCUUUUCUUCCAAAUAACAAAACCUAGAGUCGCAACGUUUUUGUGAUGGGGAAAGAGAAGAUGGACCGAAUUGAUGCAGUAUCGUUUGAUGACGACGACGACGAAGGAUUCAGAAAAUCAUACGAAAGAGUCAGAAAACUUUCAUCGGAAAAGCAAAAGGGCAUUGUCGAAACUUUUCCAGAGAGAUAGGAGAUUUUGUUUGGGGUCUUCAGUUUGAUAAAUUAGAACAACAACAAAAACCUAUUGUUGAUGUGCUGCCAGAGGAGAAUUUUGAAAUUAAACCAGAGAGGACGAUACGUGAAGUUCCAACAGGGAAGGGUUUGUCAGAGGCACUCAGAUUAUUGAGAGAAAGAGGUACACUGAAGGAGGGAGAUAUGGAAUUGGCUGGUCGAAACACAGAUAAGAAGAAAAACAAGCUCAUUGGGAUUCAUGGUGGUGAUGUGAAAGGGGAAGAAGAGAUACAAAUUAUCAGGACUGAUGAAUUUGGGCGAAAUCUAACUCCAAAGGAGUCCUUUAGGUUAUUUUCACAUCAAUUUCAUGGGAAGGGGCCAGGAAAGAAGAAGCAAGAGAAACGUAUACGGCAACACCAGAAGGAACUGAAGAUGAAAAAUCCAUCACUAUCUGUGGCGGAGAGGAUGACAAAGUCUCAGGCUCAAUUUAAAAUUGUUCUAAGCGGACAUAUUCAACCAGCUGACAAGGGCAUGCUUGGUGAUAAGAAGGUUGGACAUGUUUCGGGCAUAAAACGCAAGUCUGAUUCAGGACAAUAUUCGCGCUGCCUUAAAUUCCACAAUGAAAAUGGUGGCCUGCGUGAUUUCAAGAUUUAGUUGAAUGCCUCAAGGCACUCAAAGAAUGCAGAAGAAGAAGAUCUCUAGGAGUUAUCAACUUAUUUCCUUCGGCUAUACAGGUAUAUAGUAUCACUGUUUUUUGUGUUUAUCUUUGUGCAGUGAAUGAUGUCCAAUUUACUUGUAAUUUCAUCGUGGAAUGCUUUGAUCUUUUUCCUCUGCUAUCUCAUUUAAUGCACCAUCUGUAUGAAUUGUACAUCAAAGUUCCAUUCGAAAAUUCUUUUUUUUUUUUUUGGCGCGGGGGAGGGGGGGUUUAUGAGGUGACCAUGUUUGAUCCCGUGAGUUUGGGUGGAGAAGAAAGUCAUAACUCAUAACUUAUAUUAUCAUUUUCAAGAACAAAUUGCAGCACAUCUUCUGUGCUAUUCAGUGUAUAGUUUUAUCCAAGUUCAAUUUGAAUUAGGGCCUAAGUCAUCUCCAGCCACUCAAAGUUGUCUGCAUAAUUUAUUUAGACACCUCAACUAAUCCUUGUGUCAAUUGAACACUUUAUUUGUUCAAAAGUCAUUCCUAUUAGACACAAAAUGCUGACAUGGCAAAAAACGUGUAAUUCACUUUCCUUGAGCGCGUUAAUUUAUUAAAAAUAUUUUAUUUUUUUUAAAUUUAUACCCCUAAGUUAAUUUUAAAAAAAAUAAUUAACAAAAAAAGAAGAUUUGUUCUUCUUCUUCCCUAUUUCUAUCAACCCCAACCCAACACAACCCCCAUACCCAUGCUCCAAUUGUUAUCUUCUUCCCCACCAUUCUAAUGAUUUCAAAAUUCUUAGCAUCAGUGGUUAUCUUCUUCCCCCACCAUUCUAAUGGUUUCAAAAUUCUUAGCAUUUUGUUUCAUUCUUCAUUCUUUUUUUUUUUUUCAUUUUUUGUAAAAAGAAUCUGCUAAUUUAAUGUGUGAAGAAGAAAAAUUCGAACAUUGGAGUUAAAAAUUGAUCUAUAUUCGUCUAUCUCUAUUUCGAUCACUCCGAUUGAACAAACAUCGCCAUUCAUUAAUUUAUUAAAGAUGAUAUUAAAAAAUUCAACAUACUUUCAAUUUUUCUUGGUCAUGAAUCUUAAAAACAAUUUAUUGACGUUUAUUUAUUUUCACAAAAAUCUCAAAACAAAUGGAGAAUAACAGAUGAUAGGAGAUUAAAUUUGAAAGGGAGGUUUUUAUUUUUGUUAUGGUGGCCGGGGUUACUGGGUAGAGGAAUGGAUAAAGGAAGAAGAAAGGUUAAAAGGUUAGGUGGGGGUGGGGAUUUUCUUUUGUUAAUAUUUUUGUGAUUAAUAAAUAAAGGGAAACUAUUUUUCAUUUUUUUAAAUUAAAAAAUUAUAUUUUAUUGCUAGAUUGGGUCCAUGUGCCAAGUGUCAUAAUUUUAUUUGUCAUUUUUUUAAGUCAAAGCGCGUGAACUACACACAAAAUAUUUUUAAAAAAAGUUUUCGUUUUAUGUUCAAUAGACACAUAUUCUUUAAUAUUAAAGUGUCUAAUAGGUAAUAGUCUUAGUUGAGGUGUCUAAGUGAAUUAUGCGAACAACUUUAAGGGGUCGCAUAUGCAUUAAGCCUUGAAUUAGUGUAGUACUAUCCUAUCUCAUCACCAACCCUUCAGUGUUCCCAUAUUUUUAUCAUAUCUUGAUUUAUAUGUCAUCUUUCAAAAUUACAUUAGCACCCAUCUUUCAUUUAAAGUGAAAGAUUAGUCAUGACAAGAGAAUGAAAAUCUUGCACAAGAUGAAGGUUAGUGAUCUGAAUAAUUUUGUUCCUUGUUUUGAUUGCUUAAGCUAUUUUUAGAUGCUUAACCGUAUUACUGAAUGAUACAGGGUAUACAUGUCAAGUGUGUGUAUGUAUUUGACUGGAAGAAGGCCCAUUUUGUGUUGAUCUCAAGGUUUUGUGUCGUUGGUCAUUGAGUUCUUGUUGAAUUUAUAUGAUGAAUCAACAUCAGUAGAAUAAAUUAGAUAAUAGCAGCAAGUCUGUACUGAAUUCUCUGGUGUAUGCUAUUAAACAUGAGUGAAAAUAACCUAUUUGUACAGUAAAAAAUUAAGCUGAGGCAAACAUGUGUAAGCAUCGUCACUGUAUUUGUGCUCCAACAUGCUAUUUCACAUUCGCGUUCACUCAAAUACAGCACAAGUUUGACAAGGAGGGAAGGAGUUGCGUUUUACGUUGUGAUGAAGUGGUGUAAGCUGUGCUGCUACCAGCAAUUGGGUCUUGAAUUUAAGCUCUAAAUGGCAUGUUGAUUGUAUUGAAAAUCAUUUGAUAUUGUAUAGUUAAUAUGAGGUGUGCUGCAAAUGCCUCUGUUGAAUGAUUAUGCUCUGCAAAUAAUACUAUGAAUGUUCACCGUUUGCUA